AUGAAAGAUAAAAAUGAAGCCAGGAGGGAGUUUGUUGGGAAGAAAUCAAUGAAGGAACAAAGAGAGUAUUUGCCCAUAUUUGCGAUUCGAGAAGAGGUACGGAGGAAUCUAUGUUAAGCUGUGAAACAUCUUUACGAUAUGUAAAUAAACGAUAUGUAGUGUCUAUUUUUGCUUAAUUUUGUGCAUUUGAACAGGAAUUUAGAGCUGUCGUAUUUGUUUAUUUUUCAAGAGAUCUAUACGGCCCCGGAUGCGGUGUUAUCUAAAAAUGUUAUGAACAAAAAAUUUCUCAUGCGAGGGCCGAGCAUGAUCGCGCGAGCAGUGUUAGAAAAAGUUGUACAACUCAGCCGUACGCCUCGCAAGAUGCAUGCUAGGAAAAACGUAAGAAGGAAGGAAGAGGGAGAUAAAUCGGCCGUCAUGUGAUGAAAUGGUUACUUAUUGUAAGUCAAGACGUACCGAACCAGCGCCAUCUAGCCCUCCCGCUUGUUAUUAAGUACAAGACACGAAGAACUCGUGUUGCGUGUGCUAAUUUGUGUUUUUAAUCUGGGGUAAAGCUACUGUAUCUGUUCCUUUCAGCUUCCGAACAUCGUGGGAGACAAUCUGGUCGUUAUUGCAGUUGGUGUAACAGGCUUUGGAAAAAGCAACACAGCUUAUACACAGGUAAGAAGAAAAGUGAAUCGCUCGACAGGAAAACAGCGCCGUUGUGAGGUUAUGCAUAACGAGUUGACGUCUGAAAAUGACAUUUUGACUCUUGUUGUCUCCUGUAAAAUAGGAAAUCUUUCUUUGCUUGGGUUGUAUGUAAUUACAAAAUAAUAGGGUCGCGGGAAAUUUGGUAUUUCUGCGUGGAGAUUAGGAAUCUCCGUGUGGCCAUGUAACGUUCUACCUUUGUCACCGCUACGGCUGCACAUUGAGGUUUAUGUUACUCUCGGUAAUUAUUGUUACUGCUUGUAACUUAUCCCAUGUGAGGUAAUCCUAGACUUUUUUCUUUUAGUACAUGCAUGAUGAUGGAUACACAAAUUAUGGAAUGUUUGGUUGUACACAGUCUCGUCGAGUGGCUGCCAUGUUAGUUGCUACGUGCUUAAGUGAAGAGUUCGGCUGCAAACUUGGUGAGGAAGCUGGUUACGCCAUUCGAUUUGAGUAUGUCACUUUCGAGGUG